AUGUACGUUGAUCAGCGGCGAGUAGAGUGCUCAUUUGAGGUUGGAGACAUGGUCUAUCUUAGACUUCAGCCUUUUAGAAAGUCCACUCUCAAGAAGAGUGGAGCAGAGAAGCUUAAGUUGUGUUUCUAUGGGCCAUUCAGAGUCAUCAGGAGAGUUGGAGCAAUGGCUUAUGAGUUAGAACUUCUGGCAAGUAGCAAGGUGCAUAAUGUCUUCCACGUGUCUCACCUCAAGAAGGCACUCUGGCACAACAUUGUGGUCUCUUUAGAUUUGCCUCCUUUGGAUGAGGAGGGACAGUUGGUAUUGAUUCCAGAAGAGAUUAUUGAUUUCAGAGAGCACUCCUUGAGAAGAAGGACAAUCAAGGAGUAUUUGGUGAAGUGCAAGAACCUACCUACAGAGGAUGCCACUUGGGAGAGUGAGGAGAUUUUACAAAAUCAUAGCUUGCAAUUACUUGUGGGAAAGCAAUCUUGGGAAGGGCGGACUGUAAUGUCCCCUUCUUAG